GGAGCGAUGGGGCCAAUCUGACGGGGGGGGUCGCAGCACAACACCUGGCCGCCGUCGUACCUGUAAAUGAUCUGCCUUUGCCGCCUGCUUCAGCACACCUGGCAGCGCAAAGCUAGUCGGACUGGUUUUGGGCUUUACAGGAUCUGAAGUCAAACAAAGGCCCUCGUAGGUUUAUCGACACAGGAUCAGGGCCCAGAGGAACUCCAGCUGGCAGACAAUCGUCUUUCAAGUUCAUCUUAAGUGACCUCGGUGCAAGACCUUAACCCCGUCCUAACCCUCCCUUUCAGCAAGAGACCUUAACCCCGUCCUAACCCUCCCUUUCAGAAAGAGACCUUAACCCCGUCCUAACCCUCCCUUUCAGCAAGAGACCUUAACCCCGUCCAAACCCUCCCUUUCAGAAAGAGACAUUAACCCCGUCCUAACCCUCCCUCGUAGAAAGAGACAUUAACCCCGUCCUAACCCUCCCUCGUAGAAAGAGACCUUAACCCCGUCCUAACCCUCCCUCUUAGAAAGAGACAUUAACCCCGUCCAAACCCUCCCUUUCAGAAAGAGACAUUAACCCCGUCCUAACCCUCCCUCUUAGAAAGAGACAUUAACCCCAUCCUAAAAGCCUCCCUCGUAGAAAGACAUUAACCCCGUCCUAACCCUCCCUUUCAGAAAGAGACAUUAACCCCGUCCUAACCCUCCCUCUUAGAAAUAGAACGGUGCAGAUUUCCAGGUGUGAAGCAUCCACUGGUACUUCUGUAACACAACACAACACAGCUGUGUUGAGGAAUGUUUACCAUUGUGUUCUGCUGCUGUAAAGUCUGCCAGGUGGGGGCUGUUUUGGGGGUCGGGGGCUUAGUACGGUCGCACAAAGCAAGCCUCCAAUGCAUCCCGGCGUCCAACCUGUGGGAGCCGUGCCGACCAAUUACAAGCAUCCACUGUUGUCACAUUGUCAUCUUGUUACAGGGUUACAUAACUAUUUCGAGGCUUUGCUCUUGGCGUUUAAUCAGUGGAAAAGUUUCCAUGAGCUUUACUUUAAUCUUGAAUUCUUUCAUGUUCAGUUGCCGUCACACUGGCACCAUCUGCAAUGAUGAGCUAUAAUUACACUCCAAUGACCAAGUCACAGCUUGUAAACCAUCCUUGCCUUUUCUUUUUUAAAAUACAGAAGGCGUAAAAUACACACUGAGUCCAUAGUGAUAGUUAUUUAAGGGCAGAAGAGCUACACGAAACGUAUUACAACUGGUAGUUAGCAACCGCAAUGUGAAAUGAUUGUCAUGUGAAAGAAAACGGUCAGAUCAAGAGAUAUGCCCGCUUCUUUCUUUCUUCCUCCCUUUCUUUUGUUGAUUAGUGCCACAUAAAUAUAGGGCCACAGUUUAGUUAUUUGCAGUAUAAUUUAACUGCUUUUUCAUGCAAACUUUCAAAAGAGCAAACCCUGUUUGCACACAGAAACAACGGUGAGGAGGAAAGUCAGACUCCUGCAUUCAUCCUCACUGGCAAAACUCAACUCCAACGUCAGUUAUGGCAACUGGAGGGGAAAGCGAAAUACAGAGCAGGAGACUAUUUUUAAAAAUUGAAGGACAAAUAAGGAAGCGUGCUCCUGAGCAGCAGUGAGUUAAGUGGCUGUCGGGACAAAGUCUGACUCAGCAUCCACAGAACGGCUGAACCUGCUGCCAGGACCAUUUUCUGCCACUACUUCCCCUCAGUGGUGGAUGGUUAUUAGAAUGUUCAUUGAUUAGUAGUAGUGGUGUUGCUGUAUUGAUUGGUUAUUAAAGUUCAUACAAUCCCUUAUUACCUUGUGGCCAGCGAUAAAUAAACAUUUCUUUCAUCUUUCAAUUGAACUUCUGAAAGGUUUAGUCAAGUCAUUUAAUUUUCAAAGACUAAAAAUCACAAACUUUCCUCAAAGGGCUUGAAAAUAAUGCUACGCUAAAUCCUUAAAGUAGAGAUGAAUUAAGGAUGCAACCCUUAUCAGUUCACACCCAAGGUCAUGUUUAGCUUAGAUUUACAACAGUGGUGAAAAAAAUCGGUUCACCUUCAAUUCUUUAGCAAAAUACGUUAAUAUUUCCAUUGCACUCUUUCCUACUGUAAAACAAAAUAGGAAUGUACACAACUUUUAGUCACAAAAGAGGUGUGUGUGUGCAAAGCAACAGUCCACUGUAGCUCGGUAUCGCACUUCAUUCUCAUCGAAUUGAUUUAAAUCCGUCUUAUAACUACACCGCUCAAACGUUCAGUUAUAAAAUGGAAUAUGUCACAGUCAUACUUGGAGAACUGUUACAAAUAAGUUGGCAUUGCAUAUGUGUAAACAUGAGGGUAUUGUGACGCCUUUCCAGUACACACUGUGCCACACUAUCCUGUACCAGUACGUCUAUGCCCAUGGCUUGAGAACCACCGCUCAAAGGUGCAAGAACAUUUUUCUCUCAGGCUUUAUUUGGAGGAGGGCUUAAAGAGACAGGCCUUAAAACUCAGCGCUUUAGACGGGUUGAAUGCAAGUAGUCAGCACGAGAACACGGCUUUGUUUUUUUAUUUCACACUUUGAAAGUUUCAUUGUUGAAUGCAAAAAACGACAAACACGUUAUGAAUGAAACCAACACUGCACCCAAAAGUCACUUUGGAUGCUUCUGAUGAUUUUCACUCUUUCUCUCUGUCUGUCUGUCUCUCUACCCCACAUCCCCAUCCUCACCUCCAUGCACCUAACCCGGUGGCUCCAGUACAGGAUAGGCCAGCUGUACAUGAUCAGUAAGCACAGCUGUGAGCAGAGUGGUGGGGGCGAAGGGGUGGAGGUGGUGAAGAACGAGUCAGAUACUCACCCCGAGUACGGACGCGGACAGCUGACAGAGAAGCGAAUCUACCUCAACAGUAAACUGCCGGCAUGGGCCAAAACAUUUGUCCCGCGCUUCUUCUAUGUGACGGAAAAGUCCUGGAACUUCUACCCGUACACCAUCACAGAGUACUCAGUAUCGUACCUCCCCAAGUUCAGCAUCCGCAUUGAGACGAGAUUUGAGAACAACAACGGCGAUAACAGUAAUGUGUUUGGAGACACGCCGACCCAAGCAGAGAAUGUGAGCUUCCUGGAUAUCCUGAGUGACCCCAUCCCUGAAAAGCACUACAAAGAGUCAGAAGAUCUGAGUCGCUGGCAGUCAAGUAAAACUGGCCGAGGGCCUCUGGAGAACGGCUGGAGAGACAACCACAAGCCCAUUAUGUGCUCCUAUAAGAGGGUGCAAUGCAGCUUCGAGGUGUACGGCUUGCAGACCCGGACUGAGGAGUUCGUACACAGAAUCAUCCGGGACAUUCUUCUGGUUGGCCACAGGCAAGCAGUGUCCUGGAUAGACGAAUGGCACGGUCUGAGUUUGGAGGAUGUGAGAGAGUACGAGCAAGUAAUGCAAGAGAAGACCAACAGUAAAGUGAAAUCCAGUCAGAACACACAAUCACCGACCCCCCCACGUCCUGCCUUCUCUCGCUCCAUGUCAGUGACAGACGAGCGUUCCUUGAUGAAGAUGGGAGCCAUGCCUGACCUCUCCGUGCCCAACAGCCCCGUUCGCCUCAACUCCACCCCGGAAUGACACCUUGCACACAUUUACUGUACAGCGCGCGCACACAGGAACCAAUGCCAAACAGAGGGUUUGGAUUAGCUUAGCAUACAGGGAACAGUACAUUUAAAUGUAAAUUGAUCCGCAUACAAGCAUUCUUGUUUAUUUACCCGCACAAAAAUCUAAGCAUGAAAAUGACAAUGACAGCGUCAAGGGGCGAUGCACUGGACACCGUUGUAUCAGAUCAACAUAGAACACCAAACUGUUGUGAUUUUUGUGAAGAUUAAUGUGCAGAUAUAACAUGCUAAUAAAUUAUCUUAAAUGCAGGGGCAGACAGAUAAUAAAACCAUUAGACGUUAGAGAAGUUUAGCUGUUUUCUACCGUAAGUCUUAGUGCUAAGCUAAGCUAACUGGCUCCAUAGUUACAGCAUACAUAGGAGAGUAGUUCAGAUCUUCAUAUCGGAGCAAAAUAAUGCAUUCCCCAAAAUGUCCGGCAAGAUUACCGUAGCAAUAUUACGCAGUCACGCAGAAGAACACAAAUGUUAUGUGCCUACUCAAGAACAACCUUUACUGUUGUCUUGCACAACCUGAAAGCUAGAUGCAUUUCGGCGCUUCUUUUUUUCUCAGUUCAUCAGCGAUAGUUGAGCUCAGCGACCACCAGCAGCGCUCACCGAUUGUUUCCUAACCCCCUCCCAGCAGCCUGCAGACGGAUGCAUAAAGGGUUUAAUAGAGUGGAUCUAAUGAGAGCGGAGGAGUGCGCUAUAGAUUUGCUCCCCUUCCACCUCAACCAAUAGGUCGGACCAGGUGCAUUGACAGAGAGCAGUAAGGGCGUUGGUUCCUGGAUCACUCAGCUGAGCACUUAUAUAGGUAAAGCCGGGGCUAAACUUCAAUUAUGAGUGAAUAAUAUUACAUUUUAUAAGACUAUCAUCUUAAUUAUUUUAUGUAUAUUUGGAGAAUGGGUUUUCCUCACAAGGGAUCAACAAUGACAAAUAUGAAAUGUGUUUGUUUUCCUUACACUAGAAUUAUGUGGAAGAAAUGUGUGGAAAUUAUACUCUAAAGUCUUGUCAUGGAUUUUCAUCCAUAAAUAAAAUUUAUAUCAAAUGAGA